CAGACCAUGAAGAAGAGAGUAGCAAUCAUUGGAGCUGGAGUGAGUGGUCUGGCCUCCAUCAGGGCCUGUUUGGAAGAAGGGCUUGAGCCUACCUGCUUUGAAAAGAGUGAUGACGUUGGGGGCCUGUGGAAAUACGCAGAUCAUGCAGAAGAAGGAAGGGCCAGCAUUUACCGAUCUGUAUUCACCAACUCUUGCAAAGAAAUGAUGUGUUUCCCAGACUUUCCUUAUCCUGAUGACUAUCCUAACUACAUGCAUAACACUGAGCUCCAGAAAUACAUAAAGAUGUUUGCUCAAAAGAAGAAUCUUUUAAAAUAUAUACAGUUUGAGACAGCGGUCACUAGCAUAAAGAAACAUGCCAAUUUCUCAGUCACUGGUCAGUGGGAUGUUAUUACUGAAAAGGAUGGAAAUCAGGAAUCAUCUGUAUUUGAUGCUGUGCUAAUUUGCUCAGGACACCAUGUGUAUCCCAAUUUGCCAGCUGAUUCAUUUCCUGGACUAGCAAAGUUUCAAGGCAGCUAUAUCCACAGCCGGGACUAUAAGGAUCCAGAAGCCUUCAAGGGGAAGAGAGUGCUUGUGAUCGGCCUAGGGAAUUCUGGAUCAGAUAUAGCUGUUGAGCUCAGUCACACGGCAUCACAGGUCUUUAUUAGCACAAGAAGUGGUUCUUGGGUAAUGAGCCGUGUUUGGGACGAUGGCUACCCUUGGGAUAUGGUAUAUAUAACUCGUUUCAAAAACUUUCUCUGGAAUAUCCUCCCUAACUUUGUCUCAGACUGGUUAUAUGUUAAGAUGAUGAACUCACGAUUUAAACAUGAGAACUAUGGCCUGAUGCCUUCCAAUGGAACCUUGAGAAAAGAACCUGUGUUCAAUGAUGAACUUCCAGCCCGAAUCCUCUGUGGUGCAGUAUCCAUCAAGCCAAACGUAAAGGAAUUUACAGAGACAUCUGCGGUGUUUCAGGAUGGGACAGAGUUUGGGCCUAUUGACUCUGUCAUUUUUGCAACUGGCUAUGGUUAUGCCUACCCUUUCCUUGAUGACUCAAUCAUCAAAAGCAGAGACAAUGAAGUGACACUGUAUAAAGGCAUCUUCCCUCCUCCUCUUGAGAAGCCAACCCUGGCUGUGAUUGGCCUCGUCCAGUCCCUCGGUGCUGCCAUCCCCACAACUGACCUACAAGCCCGCUGGGCUGCUAAAGUCUUUGCAGGUUCUUGCACUCUUCCUACUUUAAGUGCCAUGAUGGAUGACAUUGAUGAGAAAAUGGGGAAAAAGCUCAAGUGGUUUGGCCAGAGUCAGACUAUACAGACUGACUACAUCACAUAUAUGGAUGAACUCGCCUCCUUUAUGGGAACAAAGCCCAACGUACUGUGGCUUUUUCUAACAGACCCCAAACUAGCGGUGGAAGUUUACUUUGGCCCCUGCAGCCCUUACCAGUUUCGUCUGACUGGGCCAGGGAAGUGGGAUGGAGCCAGAAAUGCCAUUUUGACCCAGUGGGACCGGACAAUGAAGCCAACCAGGUCAAGGAUUGUCAGUGGUGCCCAGAGACCACAACCUUUUUUGCAUUUGCUUAAAAUACUCUCCCUCUCUAUACUCCUUCUAGUUGUUCUGUUUGCAUAUCACUAA